CAAGAUCAUGUGCUCGCAAGGUGGUUAGUUACACAAGAAGGCGAGCAGCUGAACUCACCGAGUCCCUUCUUGAGCCGAGAUAUCUGGCCGGGACAAUCAUAGCAUUCAAGAUACCCGCACAUCGUCAGCUCGGCCUUCCACCAACCCCGUCGAUUCUUCCGUCCACCUCGACAACCUCAGCUCGUCCUCCACAUCUUCUACAAACGUGCGAUCUAUACGUCGCAGCCUAUUCGACCGACCGAACUCUAUUGUACACUCGCAACCAUGUCCGGCCUCGAGAAAGCCCUCUUCCAGCUCAAAUUCACGGCCAAGUCGCUGAACCGACAGGCCGCGAAAGCGGGUAAAGAGGAGACAGCUGAGAAGGCCAAGAUCAAGAAGGCGAUGCAGCAGGGAAACAACGACAUUGCCAAACUCUACGCACAGAACGCGAUCCGCAAACAGACCGAGCGAUUGAACCUCCUCCGGCUUGCGUCGCGCAUCGAUGCGGUUGCGAGUAGAGUGCAGACUGCUGUUACCAUGAGACAGGUCUCUGGAAGUAUGGCGAACGUGGUCAAGGGCAUGGAUGCGGCUAUGAAGACGAUGAAUUUGGAGAGGAUCUCGGUCGUGAUGGACAAGUUCGAGCAGCAGUUCGAAGACUUGGAUGUUGCUGUGGGAUACUACGAGAAUGCCACUAGCUCCGCCACGGCCGUCGGUACACCCCAGGAGGAUGUGGAUCGUCUCAUGGGAAAGAUAGCGGAUGAAGCCGGGCUCGAGAUGGAGCAGGAGAUGCCUGAGGCUACCAAAAGCAAGAUCGGACCUACUGAGCAGGAGGAGAAUGGGCUCAACGAGCGACUGCGGGCUUUGAGGGGAUAGAUGGACUGAUCGAGCCGGUUAGAAUUGCACAAGAAAUCAACAACUAAAUACGCAGUUCCUUGUUGCGCUGAGCUAUCUCUGUAGGUAAACUGUAGAAGUCAAGCUACGUGGUUGGCACAUCUUUAAAUAUUGAACACAGAAGGACCAGCGAGCUCUGUAGAGUAGUGGAGUGAGCUGCUAUCAUGAUUCAUGAGAUAGCUAUGGACCCUUACUUGGGACAGCUUGAUCAUCGAGCUCUUACAUGAAGCCCUCUCAACUCUAACUAUUCUUUAAAAGCUGGAAUUUCCAUCGGUAUUGCUGACGCCGAUGAAACAAAUUCGGUCGAAAAUCGGGAGGCUUAUUUGUAUUAUCAUGAAAAGGUGAUGUGAAAUCUACUUAUCUAUGAUCUAUCGUCAUACCUGGAUUUUGG